AUCAACUGCAAGCCCUUGAAAUUCAAAGUAGGCAAGACGACCAAAUCUUACAAAAAAGAAAGCGGGCAGUGGAUAGAUGCUUGGAGACCAAGUAAUUUUAUUCUCUUAAACGACGGGUUAUGGAGUCGUGUCAUAGUAUUGUCAGGAGUUAUUAUAUCUAUCGAUUUGUAACCCCAAAUUGCCCUAUAAAUUUGAACAAAUUUGCGAGCGUACCACUGUCUGGCUCUUCGUGCGCCGCCUUAUCCUUAACAAGGAGUAGAAGGAGAAGCAGAAGAAGGGAGUUGCCGCCGUCAAUGGAGACGCCACCGGAUGGGUAUAGAAGAAAUGUGGGGAUUUGUCUCGUUAAUUCCUCUAAAAAGAUAUUUACUGCUUUGAGGAUAAACAUCUCGGACACGUGGCAGAUGCCUCAGGGUGGUGCUGGUGAGGGUGAAGACCUAUUGACUGCAGCCAUGAGGGAAUUGAGGGAAGAAACCGGUGUUACUUCAGCUGAAUUUGUGGCAGAGGCACCCUACUGGCUUACUUAUGAUUUUCCCCCGCAAACCAGAGAGAGACUCAGUCGUAGAUGGGGUACCAAUUACAAAGGUCAAACACAGAAGUGGUUUCUUUUCAAGUUCACUGGGAAGGAGGAUGAGAUAAAUCUUUUGGGUGAUGGAAGUGAAACUCCAGAAUUUAAGGACUGGGCAUGGUUGUUGCCGGAAAGAGUAUUGGAGCUUGCUGUGGAUUUCAAGAAGCCAGUCUAUGAACAAGUUAUGAAGGUAUUUGGUCCAUAUCUUCAGGCAGAUGCGGAUGAAGAUAGUGCAGCACAAAAUGAAACCGAGGCCGAAGUCCGUGAUUCUGCCAAGUAGCGGGAUGGAGAAGAGAAAGGAAGAAGAGUUUUGAAGAAGGAACUAAUUUUGGAUCGCAUUAAUCGAUGGGUUUGUGUUCCUCCUCCUCCUUUUCUGUCUGAGUUUUCUUUUUCUUUUUUGGUAGCAUUAGCUGUUAUUUUAUUUUGAGUGAUGAGUUUCCCUCCUCUUUUUUUCUUGAAAAGAUUGACCUGUUUAUAACCUAGAAUUUAUAAAUUUGUAACGCUAUACGUUCUUAAUCUGUAAAAAAAAUCAAUAAAAAUCAGAUUAUUUAUAAAA